AUGGACCAAGAGACCAAGAAACAGCUGGCCGAAGCCCAUGAGCUCACCCUGCACAGGCAACAAGACAAGGGCAAGCGUAAGGGAGGAGGUCGCGGCAAGGGCAAAUUUACAGACGACGGGUGCUACAAUUGCGGCGGUGCUGGACACCUGGCACGAGAGUGUCCGGAGGGGAAAGGCGGCGGCAAAGGGAAGGACCGCGGUGGGAAAGGACUCGAAUGCUAUGCCUGCGGAGGCAUGGGUCACAUCUUCCGGGAGUGCCCCGACAAGGGCGGUGGCAAGGGCUACGGCGGAAAGCGCUGGGGCGACCGCGACCGCAGCGACCGCGGCGACCGCGGCGACCGCGACCGUGAUUGAGGAAAGGAUGACGACUGCUUCAGUUGUGUGAACCGCGCUCACUUGGCUCGUGCCCGGAGGUGGCAGGACCGGGUUAACAUCGCCACAAAUGUGAGGUCCUCCCUCGAAAGUGGUGAUCAAGUGUUCGCACAGGUUUUGUUUCCAAGGCUGAAGAUUCAUGCUUCAACGGC